AAAGUCCUAAUGCCUUUGUUUUACAGCAACUUAAAAACCCUUUGUAGAGGACGGAUUGCUCCCCUUGAUUUAUUUCUCAGCCUCUUCUCGUGUGUGUGAGAGACGGGGAUUAACCUACUGCAGCUUGGGAAAUAGAUUGGAGUGACUCGCACUCGCAGCAGCACCACCACCACCACCACCACCAGACUGGUGUGUUCUGUGUCUGACUCUCUCUCUCUCUGUGGUCCUCUAGUGACUGGACUUGAAGUCUCUAACCUGGAGACUUCACCCUGACACAGGGGGCUUCAUUGCACAGACACACAGUGUGUAUGACACAGUCUUAUGCAGGUGGUUGUAAGAGGAGUCAGGGAUAGCUCCACUGCCACUCUUUCCCCCUUCAGAAAUAUGCGUCUUGGAUUUAGGAGCAAGAGAUCCCUGCGCUGGCAAAAGCUGUGUGUGUGUGUGUGUCUAAUCAAGGCAAAGUAGAAUGUGGCCUUGGGUAAACCCAGCUCUGUCCAGUGUGUAUCCGUGCCCUGCCUCUCCAGGAUGCUGAGUCGGGACUGGGAGUGAGCUGGACGCUUAUGGACAGCAGAGCUGGUCGCUGGUCCCAGCAGCAUCCCACUUCACCCCAGUCUGGUACCGGUUGUGUCCCCGCUGGCGUUUGUCAUAAAAGGUGGUGGUGCCAGGCAAAGAGUCCCACCUGGCCCAGUCACACCUGCUCUCUCUCUCUCGCGCUCUCUCUCUCUCUCUAUGCUACCCCUCAUCCCCUGAUGGGCACCUCAUCACACCGUGCCAAAAGUCCACCGUCUCUGCUAACAACCACACCACGCCCCUAACCACCGGCCAUCGCCAUGGAGAUGACGCAGUCAGUGGUGAUGGACAGAGAGAACGAAGGGGGAGAGAAAGAGAAAGGGGAGGAGUCAUCGCAAGAGAACGGCAGACUCAUGCUGGCUGACGGAGGGGUGGCCGAGAAGGGGGACCCCAAAGUGAACUCUGGUGGGGGGUCAGGAGGGGUGUCCAACGGGUACCCCACGUCCACAGUGCAGAGCCCAAAGGAGGGAGCGGGAGGUGUACCCACAGGGGCCCCCAGGACUCUAGUGGUCCAGCAGACCAGUCUGGACCGGCCCCGGGAGACCUGGAGCAAGAAGAUGGACUUUCUGUUGUCUGUGAUUGGCUACGCCGUGGACCUGGGAAAUGUGUGGCGCUUCCCCUACAUCUGCUAUCAAAACGGCGGAGGUGCCUUCCUGCUGCCCUACAUGUUGAUGGCAGUAUUCGGCGGCGUGCCUCUGUUCUACAUGGAGCUGGCACUGGGGCAGUUCCACCGCAGCGGCUGCAUCUCCAUCUGGAAACACAUCUGCCCCAUCUUCAAGGGUGUGGGCUUCGCCAUCUGCAUCAUAGCGCUGUACAUUGCGUUCUACUACAACACCAUCAUGGCGUGGGCCCUGUACUACCUGCUGGCGUCGUUCCGGCCCACCCUGCCCUGGACCACGUGCUCCAACCCCUGGAACACGGUCAACUGUCUCCGCUACCUGUCCACCGACAGCAACGUCACCUGGACCAACACGUCCACCUCGCCCGCCGAGGAGUUCUAUACGCGUCAGGUACUGCAGGUACACCUGUCUCCAGGUCUACACCAGCUAGGCAGUGUGAGUUGGCAGCUGGCUCUCUGCCUCCUGUUCAUCUUCACCAUCGUCUACUUCAGCAUCUGGAAGGGAGUCAAGACCUCUGGCAAGGUGGUGUGGGUGACAGCCACCUUCCCCUACCUUGUCUUGCUGGUGCUGCUCGUUCGUGGGGCCACUCUGCCCGGGGCCUGGAGGGGCGUGGUCUUCUACCUCAAACCUGAUUGGGGGAAACUACUCAGCACCACAGUAUGGAUUGAUGCUGCAGCUCAGAUCUUCUUCUCUCUGGGACCAGGUUUUGGGGUGCUCCUGGCCUUUGCCAGCUACAACCCCUUUCACAACAACUGCUACAAGGAUGCGUUGGUGACCAGCUCGGUGAACUGCCUGACCAGUUUCCUCUCUGGGUUUGUCAUCUUUACUGUGCUCGGCUACAUGGCUGAGAUGCGCAAAAUAGGCGUGGAGACCGUAGCCAAGGAUGCUGGUCCCAGUCUGCUGUUCAUCAUCUAUGCUGAAGCCAUCGCCAACAUGCCCGCUGCCACCUUCUUCGCCAUCAUCUUCUUCCUCAUGAUCAUCAUGCUGGGGCUGGACAGCACAUUUGCCGGUCUGGAGGGGGUGAUCACAGCCAUGCUGGAUGAGUUCCCCCAAUUGUUGUCUAGGAGGAGGGAGUUGUUUGUCCUGGGUCUGGUGUGUGUCUGCUACCUGGGAGCGCUCUCCACCCUCACCUACGGAGGUGCGUUUGUGGUGAAACUGUUUGAGGAGUACGCCACAGGACCUGCUGUCAUCACUGUGGUCUUCCUAGAAGUCAUCGCUGUUUCCUGGUUCUACGGCACCAGUCGUUUCUGCGCUGAUGUCAAUAUGAUGCUGGGCUUCUCCCCUGGACUAUUCUGGAGGGUGUGCUGGGUAGCCAUCUGCCCCAUCUUCCUACUGUUCAUCAUUGUCAGUUUCCUGGCGUUCCCCCCGGAGGUCAAGUUGUUUGACUACGUCUACCCACCCUGGACCACAGUUCUGGGCUACUGCAUCGGAGUGUCCUCCUUCAUCUGUGUACCAGCCUACAUGGUGUACCACCUGCUCACUGCCAAAGGGACCUUUAAACAGCGUCUCCUGAAUGGCAUCACCCCUGUACCCAGUGGGCCUCACAGUGACAUUAUCAUCACCCACGCUGUCUGACCCAGUGGUCUGACCAGGCCGGGUGGACUACACCACCCUCUGCUGGACAUAGAGCACAACUGCAGGACGGGGAGGGUUCACCCCCCCCCCCCCCCCCCCCCAUCCCACUUCUCCUCCAGAACCCCCACAGCAGACUACCGAAGCACAGAGGCACCCUGUUUAUCCCACUUACCCCAGGGCUGAGGUGGGGGCGCUGGGCCAUCCCACACCCCUCUUCCGUCGUCUCCCUUCUGGCUCAUUCUGUUAGCGGCUAAUGUCGUCACUGGUUUCAUACUGGGCCACGCUGGUCAGAGCAUUUCAACCACCAGACAGAGGGUUUUUAGAUGCCACAGCACAACGGCAUGUGUACUGUUAUUGAAGCGUAAUGUUGCCUUUCAAGUCUAUACCUGUCCAUUACAAUUGGAAUCCAUCCGCACAGUAUGAGGCAUAAACACACACGCUUCCUUGUCUCUGCUCUGUCAGGUCCACGAAACAAUGUUUAUAUCAGGAGCAAACAUCUCAUCUCACGGCUUCGUUCGAGGUUAUAUCCUUGUUUCAUGAGUUCUGCGUUCAGAUAUUUAGCUGGGCAUUGAUUGCAAAAUGCAGGUAUCUUUUUUAAGUUUCUCUAUGAAACCAAAUAUUCCAUGGAUAUUUCUAAAGGUAUUUCCAGAUGUGAGCUGUUGUCCUGCUUUAGGAGGACUUGGUGGGAGCUUGUCAGUGUUUCUGAACGGGAUGGCUGAACCUAUGAAGGGCCUUGAUGAGUGUCAGAGCGUCUCCACACGGUGAAGCGCUGUAUGUUGGUGUUUUAUGACGCACUGCAGUACUGAUUAUGCUCUAUAAGCGUAUCCAAGUUGUUGGGGGACAUAGAGACCAGUUCAGAAGAGAAAACGGGGCUUUGUCCAGUUAUGUGGGGGGAUUCUUUAGCUGCAGUAUGGAAGGCUCUGGUGCGCGUGUACGCAGGCCCUGUGCAGAUCAGAAGGAGUGGGUUAUAUUAUCCCAAUGUAAGAUGUAUAUUUAUUUGAAAUAAUUAUUAUUGCUCUCAAAUCUAUACGUUCAUGUGUUUGUCUAACUCAUUUACUAUAAGUUUGAUUUAGUUUCUUAAUAUGUAAAACACCAUUUCCACGCUAACUGCCUACAUCGGGAACCCAGUAUUGAACACAACUAUGUUCAUCUCCUUCAUCUCUGUCUCUCAGUCUUCAAGGAUGUGUCUAAAAACAGGUAUCGGUCUUUACUUUCGACCAAAUAGUCUGUUGUGUGUUGGAAUGGGAGUCGUAGUAUGACAUGUGUAUUAAGUGAGUCUUGGUGUGGGUGUGUCUCUCUUUGUUCUGUGAAUACUUGUCUACUCUCUUGAAUGGAUUAUGUUUGUGUGUGCAUCAGACCAGGGUGCAAAUACUAUAGGGAAUCUUUCAAGUACUUUGUGUUUUCCUUGGCCUGCCUAGUGCCAGAUGGGCGGGGUAUGUUUUAGCCUGCCUCAUGCCAGAUGGGCGGGGUUUGUUUUAGCCUGCCUAGUGCUAGAUGGGCGGGGUUUGUUUUAGCCUGCCUAGUGCCAGAUGGGCGAGGUUUGUUUUAGCCUGCCUCGUGCCAGAUGGGCGGGGUUUGUUUUAGCCUGCCUCGUGCCAGAUGGGUGGGGUUUGUUUUAGCCUGCCUCGUGCCAGAUGGGCGGGGUUUGUUUUAGCCUGCCUCGUGCCAGAUGGGCGGGUUUGUUUUAGCCUGCCUCGUGCCAGAGGGGCGGGGUUUGCAGGAUUGCGACUGUUCUAUUGGUUCCGUUGAACCAGGCAAGCUCAAUCAAAUCGGAAGUAUUUGAAACGAUUUCAAAUAGUAUUUUACCUGGGGAUUGGUGUACGUGUGUCUAAGCGUGCAUACCUUGCGAGCAUGCAUACAUGAGUGUGCGUGUAUACACGUGUGUGUGUGUGUCAGCGUGCAUACAUGAGUGUGCGUGUAUACACGUGUGUGUGUGUGUCAGCGUGCAUGUGUGUGUACAUUAUGAACUGAAGUAGCAGUGUCAGACUCUGUCAACUUUGUCAGUGUGUGUAACCUGUGUGUGUGUAACCUGUGUGUGCAUGCCAGUGUGUGUAACCUGUGUGUGCAUGCCAGUGUGUUCAUGCCAGUGUGUGUAACCUGUGCUUCAGCUUGCGUCUGUGAUGUGACCUUGUCUUGUUCCUCUCCAAAAUAUCCAAUGAAGAUGAUAAAACCACUCCCUUGUACCUCUCGAGCCUAUAUAAUGUAUGACCUAUGUAUGUCUGUUAAAGAUUGUAUUGAGAAAUAAACCUGUAUAGAAGAAAGAUAUACAUAUUAUAUGAAUGAAUAAAUAAAUAAAGUUAAGAU